UACUUUUACCCUUAUUCAAGAUAAGUGCAAGAAGACCACCAAGUUUAAGUGAAAGCAAUGGUGAUAGAAGGUUCCAUAAAGGCGGCGGAGUGGAUCCUCAACUACCAGACACCUAUGGGCGCCUUCACCGAGACUCCCAACUACACCCACCCGCUGGACUCCAAGACCAACCCCACGCCGGCAUUCCAGCUUAAGCGUGACGGCUACAAGAACGUGUCCCUGACGGCGCAGGUGGUGCUGGUCAUGGUGGACAUCCUCCCCGGCCUAAAUGGACACAUCCGGGCCAAGGUUAACAUCGCCAAGGCCAAUGCCAUCAGUUACUUGGAGAGGAAGCUAGAGAGUCUCGACGAUCCAUACGACAUGGCGCUGGUAGCCUGGGCACUCACCAAGGCCGACUCUGCCAAGAAGGAAACUGCCCUCAACUUACUGGACACAAUGAAGAGAGUAGAGGGGAACAAGAUCUAUUGGUCCCGUGAGCCUGUGGACUUCAACCCCAUGGUGUAUGAGGACAGCCAGAAGCCCUUCAUCCGGCCGAAGAAUGACCAGAAGUGGGACGCACACGCCGUAGAGACCACCUCUUACGCCCUCCUCGUCUACAUCGCCAGGGAAGGGAUCGGCAUCAUCCAGGAAAACAUCGUCAGGUUCCUCGCCGUCAUGAGGGAGCUGGAUGGAGGACUUAUCUCAACUCUGGACAGCGUGGCGGCCAUGGAAGCGCUGGUAGAGUACUCCUUCAGGGCCCGGCUGAGGGACGUGACGGAUAUGCGGAUCACCCUCGAACACUCAGCCAACCCCAACUUCACCGUGGACGUCUACUUGGGCAACACCUACGACCUGGCUGACUUGAGGUCCUUCGAUGUAAGUCUCCACAGUGUAAAGGAAGGAAAGGAAGUGAGAAGGGAAAGAGAGAUGGAGAAGGGAUGGUUUAUGUGAAAAGCG